AUGGCAAGAUCAAGUUCAAUUCCAUUCUACAUCAUCUUCAUUCUCUCAUCUUUCUUACACACCCCUUCUUUAAGUUGUCCAGAUGAUCAUAAGCAAGCCCUUCUCGAUUUCAAAUCCAUUCUCAUGUCGAAAAUCGGCAGAAAUUCCUCGACAAACUCUCCUGAUUUUAGCUUACUAGAGUCAUGGAAUUCUAGUUCUGAUUGCUGCCGAUGGGAACGUGUCACCUGCAAUUCUCGCUCAGUUGCAAGACCUGUAGUGAUUCUCGACCUCUACGCUCUCGUUUCCUUCUUAGAACCAGAGCCCGUGCCGUCUUCCGUUCUGAUGCCUCUCUUCCGUAUAAAGAAUCUGAUCCGCCUCGACAUCUCAUCGAAUUCUCUUCAAGGUGAGAUUCUGGGAAAUGGGUUUUCCAAUUUGACCCGAUUGAGUUAUCUCGACAUGAGAUUCAAUAGCUUCAACGGUUCGAUUCCUUCUCAGCUCUUCCGCUUGAAGAAUCUACAGUACCUUGAUUUCACUGGUAAUUCACUCAGUGGGAAUCUAAGCAGUGAUGUGGGGGAGCUUUCAAACUUGAAAUUCUUGAACUUGGAUGAGAAUUUCCUCAAUGGAGAGAUCCCUUCAGAGAUCGGGAACCUCACCCGACUGGAGACGUUAUCUCUUCGUCAAAACAAGUUUUCCGGUGGAAUUCCGACAUCGAUAUUCAAUAUGAAGGCGUUACAGGUAUUGGACUUGCGCAACAACUCCCUAUCAUCUGAAAUUCCGACAGACAUCAGAAAAUUCUCCAACAUUUCUACUCUGGCACUUAGCCAGAACAACUUCAAUGGUCCAAUUCCAGCUUCAAUCAAACAAAUGAGCCGGUUGGAAACACUGCAAUUGGAUGGUAAUUCACUCUCCGGAGAGAUACCGGCAUGGUUGUUUGAGAUGGAGGGAUUGAAAGAACUCAAUCUUGGAAGAAACAAGCUUGCUUGGAAUAACAGUGUGAGAGUAACCCCCAAAUGUCUGUUGUCUCGAUUGUCAUUGAGAUCUUGUGGAAUUGAUGGAAACAUACCUGAUUGGCUUUCCACCCAAAAGACUCUCGAUUUCUUGGAUCUAAGCGACAAUGGACUAAAAGGGAUUUUCCCACAGUGGCUUGCAGAGUUCGAUAUCGGAAGUAUAAUACUUUCUGAUAACGAGCUUUCGGGUUCUAUACCACCACAUCUCUUUCAAUCUCUAAGUCUAUCAAUACUCGAUCUUUCGAGGAACAAUUUCAGUGGAGAAUUACCGAAAAACAUUGGUAACGCAGCUGCAAUUAUGAUUCUUUUAUUGGGAAAUAAUAAUUUCUCCGGCCCAGUUCCGGAAUCUUUAGCAAAUAUCCACCGUUUGCUGAUGUUGGACUUGUCGGAAAACAACUUCUCCGGUAACAAGUUCCCGAAAUUUGGAAUUGAUACUUACCUCGCCUAUGUUGAUCUCUCCUUCAACAAGUUCGACGGUGAGAUUCCAAUGACUUUCGGUCCACAGAUCAGAGUAUUAGCAUUGGGGGGAAAUGGAUUCUCUGGAGAAUUGCCAGAGGAUCUUGCCAGCUUAAGCUUCUUAGAACACCUUCAUCUCCACAACAACAAGAUCACCGGAAGAUUGCCGGAGUUUUUUGGGCGAAUCUCGACCCUUCAAACUUUAAAUUUAAGAGAUAAUUUCCUUAAUGGUCCUAUUCCUGACGUUCUAUCCAACCUUAGCAAUCUCAGAAUCCUCGAUAUCUCCGGCAAUAGCUUCAACCGGAGUAUCCCACCGGCGUUUGGGAAUCUCACCAAGAUGAUCAAAACACCAAGGACUUACUCAUCAAUCUAUGAUAUGUUCACAUUCUUGAUUAAUUUCAAUGAUCUGAUCUUGAAUUGGAAAGGUUCGAUGCGACCAUUGGCAUCGAAGACGCUCGAUAUCUACUCCUUGUUGGACUUUUCAAGAAAUCAAUUAUCUGGUGAGAUUCCAUCUUCAUUGGGUGGUCUUGAAGGUCUAGAGGCUCUCAACCUCUCUUAUAACACGCUCUCUGGCGAGAUUCCGGCAAGCUUUGGUAAUUUAGAUAAUUUGGAGAGCUUGGACUUAUCACACAACAAAUUCUCAGGCGAAAUACCUCAAACGCUCAGCAAACUCAUACAACUAUCGAAUUUUGAUGUCAGCAACAAUGAGCUCGUGGGACGGAUUCCGACGGGCAGUCAGAUGGAUAGGAUGAAUGAUCCAGAUAUGUUUGCUAACAACAGUGGGCUGUGUGGAGUGCAAAUCAUGGUGUCGUGUAUUUCAGCGCCGCCACCGGGUUCUAUGCCAGGUGUGGAAGAUGAUGAAGAGGAGCCAUGGUUUUCUUGGGCUAGUGCAGGGAUCGGAUACCCAAUUGGACUGCUUUCAGCUGUCGCGACAGUCUACUUCAGUGGAUUUCUCAGUUCGACCCCGAAGCCGCGAGGCCGCCAUGGCCGUAGGAUGCAUGAUCGACGGCCGACCAAUCUCCAUGCACGACGAGGAAGGUAA